AUGAGUCUGAUAAUCAACCAGCGCACCAGAUCGUUAUGGGAGACAGCUCAGACAAGGCCAGAGUGGGCUGCAACGAGGUUCUGGGAGUAUGUGCUCAAGGGGCAAUUCUUCAUUGGUGAUGACUGGGCAAUCUCAUCUCAGCAACCCCCAACGGACGAUCGGGAAGAUAGGCGCAGGGUAGAUCUUCGUAUCGAAAGAUGGAAAUCUAAUCGUUGGCAAAUAAUCGCACUUUUCGAGGCAAAGAAGCAAAAUUGUUCUCAGACCGAAGUCGAUGAACUCGAGCACCAAGCCUAUAAUGCCUGUAUGGGACUGCGGCUCGCCUUUGGUAUAUCACCAAGAACGAUGACUAUCUCCUUCCUAUGGUGCCUGUCACAGCAGGUCUCUCCGAUCCUACAGAAUACAUCGAAGCAAACGGCACUAUGGCAACAGAGCUCAGGGGACGGUUUCAACUACAUGAUCCAAAACGAUAUGAUAUCAGCCGACAAACUUCAAGUACUAAGGAGCAACUGUUCUCCGAGACCACCGCAACCCCCGGUCGGGGCAAAUAGCCAGUAUCUUGGGCCAGCGACCCAGCUCACAUAUGGCUCUGGUAUGCAACCAAGCUCAUUGUACCCGGCGAAUCCAACAGGCUUUAUAAGCCCAAACCCUCCUCAAGCUCAGUGGCCUAGUUCUCAAUUCCAGUCGAAUAUAGCGGAUACCCCGCCUCAGCCCCUCUUAUGGAUCCCACCGCAAGUCUAUACCGUGCCCGGUAUUCAAGACAAUAACGGCGACGAGGAAGACGUGGAUGGGGACAAUACUAUGGAAAGCCCAGGGCAUGUAGCGGAGUUGGACAGCGAGACGGCGAUAUAUGUUGACGUCACUCGGAAAGUUGUGUCGCAUAUGACUCGCCCCAGCGAGGUCUUCUUUUGCUUCGAGAACCGACAGACUACUAAAAAGCACUGGCGGCCAUCCACGAUUGCGGUUCAAGGUGCCAUCGUCUCCUGUGUGGUGUAUACCAGCAGUAAAGGCACACAGUAUUAUACCUAUGCUCUUCCAAAAGCUAAAGGAAAAGGAAAGGCUUAG